UUUUAGUUCAGUGGAUUAUACUUAUAGAUCUAUACACUUUUAUGUCCAUGUGUCUAUCAGUUAUUAUUCCGUUAACAAAGAGAACUGAAAAGUGAAAAGGGAGAAGAAAAAAGGUAUUAUAUUUUGUUUUUCCAUUUUGGGGGUGAUUAAAAAACUAUUAUCUUUCUUUCCUAGUUAGUUAACCUUAUCCUUUGAUUGAUGCAUCAAACUGAAUCACUAGCAUAAUUCAGCAGUCUCACUCUGAAAAGGGUAUACCAUUGAUUGGUUCUGGUGAAUUUGUGUUUGUGUGUGUGUGUAUUAGAACUUGUUAAAACACAAACACAAGAAGGAACUUGUUCCUUUGUGUGUUCAUCUGUUGUUGUUUGGUGAAUCACAAAGUGAGUUGUAACGGAUCCUUCAAGGGAAGAAAGCUUGUGUGUGUGUGGUGGUUGCUACUCAGGUGGUCUGGAGUGCAUUCUAGGCAUUCUAAGGGCCCUAAGAAUGGGGUCCUGCUUCUCUGUGGAAAGCAGGAACCCCAAUUCACCAUCUUCAGGAUUAAGGAAGAGGAAGAAUUCCAAGAAGAGAUUUGGAUCAAGAAACUCUUCAUUUGAGUAUUGGAGGAAUGAGCCUCUCCAUAGGGUCCCUGGUAGGAUCUUCCUCAAUGGCUCUACCCAAGUUGCUUCCUUGUUCACCCAGCAAGGAAAGAAAGGCACCAAUCAAGAUGCCAUGGUUGUUUGGGAGAACUUUUGUUCCAGGCAAGAUACUGUUUUCUGCGGUGUUUUCGAUGGCCAUGGUCCAUUUGGUCACAUGGUUGCGAAAAAAGUGAGGGAUGUUCUUCCUCUAAAACUGAAUGCUCAUUGGGAACCUAAUGCAUCUGGUGAGGAUGUCCUCAAGGAAAUUAGCGUGAAUACGGCAGUAAGCAUGAACACAGAAGAGGCUGCAUUUGUAUCCGCUGACGAGGAAUCCAGAGCAUCCAUUGAUGUCGAAGAAUUGGAAAAAUACCCUGAAAUCUUUCUAACAGUUAGAGAGUCUUUUCUGAAGGCCUUCAAAGUUAUGGAUAGAGAAUUGAAGACACACCCUAGCGUCGAUUGCUUCUGCAGUGGAACAACAGCAGUAACAUUGGUGAAACAGGGUCGUGAUCUUAUUGUCGGAAAUGUUGGUGAUUCCAGAGCUGUGCUUGGUACAAGAGAGAAAGAUAAUUCUCUUGUUGCAGUUCAGUUAACUGUGGAUCUAAAACCCAAUCUUCCAGCCGAAGCAGAGAGAAUUCGUAGAUGUAAAGGGCGUGUUUUCGCCCUUCAUGAUGAACCUGAAGUUGCUCGAGUCUGGUUGCCAAAUAACGAUUCCCCCGGCCUAGCCAUGGCUCGUGCAUUCGGAGAUUUUUGUCUUAAAGAUUUUGGUUUGAUAUCUGUUCCAGAGGUUUCAUACAGAAGACUCACCGAGAAGGAUGAGUUUAUCGUCUUAGCAACCGAUGGGAUUUGGGAUGUUCUCUCAAACAAAGAAGUGGUAGACAUCGUAGCAGCAGCACCUGCACGGUCCAUGGCAGCUCGAGCGCUGGUCGAGUCAGCUGUUAGAGCUUGGAGGUACAAAUAUCCGACUUCCAAGGUUGAUGACUGUGCAGUGGUUUGCCUCUUUCUGGACCCGGACUUGCAUAAAGUAUCUAAUGCUUCCUUUGCUAAGUCCAAAGAGCAGCAGAGUUCAGGGAUCAAUGCAAAUGGCGGCAGCGAAGAAGUGGAAAGCCUUCUGGAACCUGCUGGUCUGGUAAGGUCCGGAACUUGCAGGGAAGUCAAUAAUGACACAUCCAAUGGCGAAAGCAACGAAGAAACGUUGAAAGAUGAUGUGAUGGAUGCUGGAGAGUGGUCUGCACUCCAAGGAGUGACUCGAGUGAACACACUGUUGAAUCUUCCGAGAUACGACCCUCGCAAAGAUAAGGGUGCGUCGGCCAGCCCGAAAAAACGCAAAUGAUUGCAACCAACAAACAAUGCCGUGUCUUUCUUGGCGAAGAAGUCGACUACAUGAAUCAAACGAAGUCGCCCGUCCUUAAAGCAAGGGAAUGUUGAGUUGGUCUUUUGUUCUUUUUUGUUCUCCAUUAUGAUUAUAGAUACAUACUUUUCUUUUUCAAUAUUCUUUUGGUUUUAUAAUUUGUUAAUUUUGACACUUUUUUCCUAGUUUAUAUAAUUAUAUACAUGUUCACAACAA